GGUGCCAUUUGGAUAGUCCUUUAGCGGCACGAUGUACUCUGAGUGGAGGUCACUGCAUUUGGUGAUUCAGAAUGAUCAGGGCCACACGAGUGUGCUGCACAGCUAUCCAGAGAGCGUUGGGCGAGAGGUGGCAAAUGCAGUGGUCCAUCCCCUUGGGCAGGCCUUAGGUACCCCUUCAGUGGCUGGUAGUGAGAGUUUAUUAAAAACUGACAAAGAAGUGAAAUGGACGAUGGAAGUAAUUUGCUAUGGACUGACCCUUCCAUUGGAUGGAGAGACUGUAAAAUAUUGUGUUGAUGUAUAUACAGACUGGAUUAUGGCUCUAGUAUUGCCGAAAGAUUCUAUUCCAUUGCCAGUUAUUAAAGAGCCUAAUCUAUAUGUUCAAAGUAUACUAAAACACCUGCAAAAUCUUUUUGUACCAAGACAGGAACAGGGCUCCAGUCAGAUCCGACUAUGCUUACAGGUCCUGAGAGCCAUUCAGAAACUGGCCCGUGAGUCAUCCAUCAUGGCACGAGAAACGUGGGAAGUCUUACUGUUGUUUCUUCUGCAGAUUAAUGACAUACUUCUAGCCCCACCAACUGUUCAAGGUGGCAUUGCUGAGAAUCUAGCGGAGAAGUUGAUUGGUGUUCUCUUUGAGGUUUGGUUACUAGCUUGUACUCGGUGCUUCCCAACACCACCUUACUGGAAAACAGCCAAGGAGAUGGUGGCAAACUGGAGGCACCACCCGGCAGUGGUGGAGCAGUGGAGCAAGGUCACCUGUGCGCUCACUUCAAGAUUGCUACGCUUUACGUAUGGUCCUUCAUUUCCUCCAUUUAAAGUUCCUGAUGAGGAUGCCAGUCUGAUCCCUCCUGAAAUGGAUAACGAGUGUGUAGCACAGACAUGGUUUCGCUUCUUACAUAUGUUAAGUAAUCCCGUGGAUUUGAGUAACCCGGCCAUUAUAAGCUCAACUCCCAAAUUUCAGGAACAGUUCUUAAAUGUGAGCGGAAUGCCACAAGAAUUGAAUCAGUAUCCCUGCCUUAAACAUCUGCCUCAAAUAUUUUUUCGUGCCAUGCGUGGAAUCAGCUGUCUGGUGGAUGCAUUCUUAGGCAUAUCUAGACCCCGAUCAGACAGUGCUCCUCCAACACCCGUGAAUAGAUUAAGUAUGCCUCAAAGCACUGCUGUCAAUACCACCCCACCACAUAACCGGAGGCACCGGGCUGUUACCGUGAAUAAGGCCACCAUGAAGACAAGCACAGUUAGUACUGCUCAUGCCUCGAAAGUUCAGCACCAGACAUCCUCCACCUCUCCUCUGUCAAGUCCCAAUCAGACUAGUUCUGAACCCCGGCCACUGCCUGCCCCUCGGAGACCAAAGGUUAACAGCAUCUUGAAUCUCUUUGGAUCAUGGUUAUUUGAUGCAGCAUUUGUUCACUGUAAACUUCAUAAUGGGAUAAACAGAGACAGCAGCAUGACUGCCAUUACAACACAAGCUAGCAUGGAGUUUCGACGGAAAGGGUCACAAAUGUCCACAGACACCAUGGUUUCCAAUCCUAUGUUUGAUGCAAGUGAAUUUCCUGAUAACUAUGAAGCAGGAAGAGCUGAGGCUUGUGGGACACUGUGUAGGAUUUUUUGUAGCAAGAAGACUGGAGAAGAGAUUCUGCCAGCUUAUUUAUCCAGAUUUUACAUGCUUUUAAUUCAAGGUUUGCAGAUAAAUGAUUAUGUGUGCCAUCCUGUCUUGGCCAGCGUUAUUCUAAACUCCCCUCCUUUGUUCUGCUGUGACUUGAAAGGGAUUGAUGUUGUGGUUCCUUACUUUAUUUCAGCUCUUGAAACCAUUUUGCCUGACAGAGAACUCUCAAAAUUCAAAAGCUAUGUAAAUCCAACAGAAUUGAGAAGAUCUUCCAUUAAUAUCCUCCUUUCUUUGUUGCCCCUCCCACAUCAUUUUGGCACAGUCAGAUCUGAGGUGGUCCUGGAAGGAAAGUUUAGUAAUGAUGACAGCUCUUCAUAUGAUAAACCAAUAACUUUUUUGUCCCUGAAGUUGAGACUUGUGAAUAUACUAAUAGGUGCCUUGCAAACAGAAACGGACCCCAACAACACUCAAAUGAUACUAGGGGCAAUGUUAAAUAUUGUUCAAGAUUCAGCACUUUUAGAAGCCAUUGGUUGCCAAAUGGAGAUGGGUGGUGGAGAGAAUAACCUGAAGAGUCAUAGUCGCACUAAUAGUGGUAUUAGUUCAGCAAGUGGUGGAAGCACAGAGCCCACAACUCCCGAUAGUGAAAGACCUGCUCAAGCUCUCCUAAGGGAUUAUGCUCUUAAUACAGAUUCAGCUGCUGGGCUCCUGAUUCGCAGCAUUCAUCUUGUCACCCAAAGACUCAACUCCCAGUGGCGGCAAGACAUGAGCAUAUCACUGGCAGCUCUAGAGCUCCUUUCUGGCCUGGCAAAGGUGAAGGUGGUGGUUGACUCCGGAGACCGGAAGCGAGCCAUCAGUUCCGUGUGCAGCUACAUUGUGUACCAGUGUAGUCGGCCAGCUCCUCUUCACUCCCGGGAUCUGCACUCCAUGAUAGUAGCAGCUUUUCAGUGUCUCUGUGUCUGGCUGACAGAGCACCCUGAUAUGCUUGAUGAAAAGGACUGUCUUAAGGAAGUAUUGGAGAUUGUGGAAUUGGGUAUUUCAGGAAGUAAGUCCAAGAACAGUGAGCAAGAGGUCAAGUACAAAGGAGAUAAGGAGCCAAACCCUGCAUCUAUGAGGGUAAAGGAUGCUGCUGAAGCCACCCUAACAUGUAUUAUGCAGUUGCUUGGCGCAUUUCCUUCACCCAGUGGUCCUGCCUCUCCUUGUAGUCUGGUGAAUGAGACCACUUUGAUUAAAUACUCCAGGCUGCCAACCAUAAACAAGCAUAGUUUCCGGUACUUUGUCUUGGAUAACAGUGUCAUCCUGGCAAUGCUGGAGCAACCUCUUGGAAAUGAACAGAAUGAUUUUUUCCCCUCUGUCACUGUGCUGGUCCGGGGAAUGUCUGGAAGACUUGCUUGGGCACAACAACUUUGCCUUUUACCCAGAGGAGCAAAAGCAAAUCAGAAGCUUUUUGUACCUGAACCUCGUCCAGUUCCUAAAAAUGAUGUUGGAUUUAAAUAUACUGUCAAACAUCGACCAUUUCCUGAAGAGGUGGAUAAGAUUCCUUUUGUGAAAGCAGAUCUGAGCAUUCCAGAUUUGCAUGAAAUUGUCACUGAAGAAUUAGAAGAGAGACAUGAAAAAUUAAGGAAUGGCAUGACCCAGCAGAUUGCUUAUGAAGUACACCUUGAACAUCAAAGUGAGGAAGAACUGCAAAAGAGAAGUUUUCCUGAUCCAGUUACGGAUUGUAAGCCUCCACCUCCUGCCCAGGAAUUCCAAACAGCACGCCUCUUCCUUUCCCACUUUGGAUUUUUGUCCUUAGAAGCAUUGAAGGAGCCUGCAAAUAGUCGCCUACCUCCUCACCUUAUUGCACUUGACUCCACGAUACCUGGAUUUUUUGAUGACAUUGGAUAUCUGGAUCUCUUGCCAUGUCGUCCCUUUGACACAGUUUUUAUUUUCUAUAUGAAACCAGGUCAGAAAACAAACCAGGAGAUUUUAAAGAAUGUGGAAUCUUCCAGAAAUGUUCAGCCACAUUUCCUAGAAUUUUUGCUUUCUCUUGGCUGGUCAGUAGAUGUGGGCAGACACCCUGGUUGGACGGGGCAUGUUUCCACCAGUUGGUCUAUUAACAGUUGUGACGAUGGUGAAGGACCUGAACAAGAUGAAAUGAUUUCCUCUGAAGACGUUGGGGCUAGCAUUUUCAAUGGACAGAAGAAGGUGCUGUAUUAUGCCGAUGCCCUUACGGAAAUAGCUUUUGUAGUUCCUUCUCCUGUGGAGUCCUUAACCGAUUCAUUGGAAAGUAACAUCUCGGACCAAGAUAGUGAUUCAAAUAUGGAUCUUAUGCCUGGAAUUCUGAAACAGCCAUCCCUGACACUUGAGCUUUUCCCUAAUCACACAGACAAUCUUAAUUCCUCACAGCGGCUUAGUCCCAGUUCCAGAAUGAAGAAGCUGCCUCAGGGUCGCCCCGUGCCUCCCCUUGGACCUGAGACAAGAGUUUCGGUAGUCUGGGUGGAGCGCUAUGAUGAUAUAGAAAACUUUCCCCUCUCAGAGCUGCUGACAGAGAUCAGUACUGGUGUGGAAACUACUGCAAACAGUAGCACUUCUCUGAGAUCUACCACUCUUGAAAAAGAAGUUCCUGUCAUCUUUAUCCAUCCUUUAAACACUGGAUUAUUCCGGAUAAAAAUUCAAGGAGCCACUGGAAAAUUUAACAUGGUCAUCCCACUUGUGGAUGGGAUGAUUGUCAGCAGGCGAGCACUUGGUUUUCUGGUGAGGCAGACUGUAAUUAAUAUUUGUAGAAGAAAGAGACUAGAGAGUGACUCCUACAGUCCACCACAUGUCCGCCGGAAACAGAAAAUCACGGACAUCGUCAACAAGUACCGGAACAAGCAGCUGGAGCCAGAGUUUUAUACUUCACUUUUCCAGGAGGUUGGACUCAAGAACUGCACUUCUUAGAUAGUGUCUGUCUAGGACUCUUGAACUCCAGUUUGGGGCUAUGAUAUCAGAGCAAAACAAUUUGAUAGGUGAUCACUGUAAAAAGAAGAACAAAUCACUCCCCAAGAGCUUACUGUUUAAUCACCAGAAUAGAAGAAACACAUAAACCCAUUUGAUAGAAGACUUUUGGCUUUCUAGUGAAAUGGGCUCCCAGACACAAUCAUAUUCCUGCUGGUAAUGAUGAUAUACAUUUUAGUCAUAAACUUUCUUUUAAAAGUGACAAUUUUAGUUAAAUAUAAGCCUUUUGAGGAGAAAGGCUUUAUGCAUCUCAUUUAAACACAUGCAUUGGUAGUAUCAAAUUUGCAAAUUAGAAGGUGAAGAUAGUUUUAUACUUCACUUUUUAGGAGGUUAUGUUCAGAAUUGAAAUCUGUCUCAGAAUCUUCCAGGAUAUUUAAAGACUCAUGCUGAUGAUAGCAUGGAGGAGAAGGAAAAAAAUCUCAGCUUUCUGCUCACUUGUAAGUCCAUUUGUCGUCCAGCUGUCCAACUGACAGAAAUGAGCAUAAAUAUGUUUUGUUUAGAUAAGAAGCCUGACACUAAAAUGUUUCAUGUUUCCUCCACAUUUCACAAAGUUAUCGUCCACAUUACUGCACAGAUCUAUCUGAAGGCCUCAGUUUCUGGGCAGCCCGGGAGCAGAUCUACAGUGAGGCAUGGCCCUGUCCUUUAACGGGGACACAGAUGGCAUUUGUGGGGUUAAAAGUUGUAAGACAGCAGCAAUACCUCCGCGCUCUCCAUUGCUGUGUGGCUUGGGGACAUGAUGACAGGCCAAACAUUUGUAAUUCCUUGGUAAUUUCUUGGUUAAAUUUUGAGAAGUGUAAGCUCACAAGGGUUGAAAAUUAUUUGGUUUCAUCCAUUGUCUCUUAUUUCAGGACCAAGCAGGAAACUGCAGUAGUUUAUGAAGGAUUCUAAUUUGGGGUCCAGGACAUAGCCUCUCAAUGCUACUAAUUCAGAUCUCUCCCAGAGAGCUACUGGAUUUCAUCAUAAUUGACAAACGUUCGUGACCACGCCCUAGGGUAGCUGCUCUUAGAAAUGGCUGUUGUGACCAUGUUUUCUGGACCUUUGCCAGUUGAAGGCACAACAAAUCCCUGCCCGGGUUUUCGAAAUACUUCUGUUACCUCACUGCUACUUUUCUGCCAGGGAUAAAUGUUUUGAGGUGGCCAGACCCAGAACAGCCUUCCAAGGAUUCCUGUUACAGUGCUAGAGUAUACACUGCUCGUUUCUCCUAUUCUUCUCUGCUUUCUUCUUUAUUAAGAUUAUUUUAUGUUAAGAAAAUAAGUGACAUUUGAAGUCCAAAGAGGAGUCCUCACAGCUGUGUUAAGAGUGGUUUCCCGCGUGAACUCUGGUGUCAGUAGACUGUAGGUCAGGGCCGCAAUGGUGUGUUUGGUUUGAUGUUUGGGGAGUUCAUUCGAGGGUGGGGGAUAAUGUAGGGCCUAGUUCCCUGUGCAGAUACUUCUAUUCCAAAAGUAUGUAUUUUGUCAUCUCUGAGCAAGAAAUGUGGGUAUCAUAGCAGUUCUUGGUUUUAAGUUUGUUGUACCCUUUUCUUCAUGUUUGUUUUAAGCUCAGGUAAAGGUUACCUCCUCCUUCUAUGACUCCAGUUUCCAUUCAGGGUAUGAUAUUAUUGGGUAAUUGAUUUUCUUUUUAAUCUGGGCAAUAAAUCGGUGUUUCCAGAUGGUAGCAUGGGGGUAGGGGGUGUAGAAUAAAGAUGAGCAAAUUCUACCCUAAAAAUGUUUUAUUAACUCAGCAGGUAUAAGGUGAGGUUUAACAACUUUUAUGGAAUUUCCAGAUUGACAUUUCAAGGAAAAAAUGGGCCCUUUUUCUAGUGGACAUGAACAAAGGAGGCUUAAAUUGAUAGGCAACUUAUAACAUUCCAGAGGUUAAAAAUAACGGAUGUAGGUGUACUUCCUCCGUGUGAUUCUUCAGAUAAAACUUUUACCUUUAGCAUAGUUUUACUGUCAGCA